UCUCUCUCUCUCUCUCUGCGCUGCAGUGGGGGAGUAUAUUCAGAGGCUCACAUGAGGGGACGAGACAGCAGCAACCUCCCCUCACCUGCCUGCUCGCCCCUCUCCCAUCCUCCUUUCCUUCAACACAGCACGGCUGCUCUGAACGGGACCACAAUAUCACCCCUCGGUGGAGGAACUGAUCCAGUUUGGUGGCUUUUUCCCAUAAACACUGCUUAAGGAUUUUCUGGAAAAGAAACAUGCCAGUAUGGAUUACCCAAAUUCUAGCCAAACAAAAGGAUGCAGCACUCUUGAGAGGAAGAAGAGAAAGAGGGAUGACACGCCUCUCCCUCUAACCUGACUUUCUUUCUUUCAGAGUCAGAUUUUUUUCAUGCCCCAUGACUUUUUCACACAUGCGGUGACUGAAGGGUGUGUUGAUGUUGGAUGCCGUCUAGUUGAGGAACACAUCUGAGACUGUUGCACAGUUUUUUCUCUUCUGAAAUCUUUCCUUCAAAGUCUUCACAAGCCGUCCUACUCCUACCUUAAACUCUGAGGUUAUUUCAGGUGAAAUUUGCCAGACGUCUGUGUUUGCAUGAGUGUGUGUGGUAACAUUUGACCCAUCUGUGUAUGUGGGCGUAGGAGGGCGACGCCUGUUAACGUCUCAGAGUGCGCUCAGUCUGUCUGGCACAUACUGAAGCAUGAAUGGCUAGCCUGUAAUCUCAAACAGCAGGGUGCAUGAAAUGACACAAGCCCUUUGACAGUUUAAUGAGGUUAAAGCGUUCAGCCGUCGUCAAAUGUGUUCAAAUAAACACUGGUUUGUUUGAGAGUCAGCAUCUGGAAAAUGUGACUAAACAGUUCUGUUUAAUUUGAGUGCUUAAGUAGAAGUGCUGUGACCGCAUUUUUAGUGGUAGUUCCCUCAGAAACUAAACAAGAAGUGAUGAGAAAGUGUGAAGUAGAUGGUAAGAGGAAAGGAUAAUCAAAUCAGCUAGCAGUACAAACUAGCAAACUAGCUACAAACUGUUUCUUUUGUAUAGACUGCUUCCUCAGAUUUGAGCCCGUGAUUAGAUGAAGAUUUACACGUACCUUCGGACAGCUCAAAGCUCAAAGUGUGCUAGCAGAACGACAAAGCAUUUUUAAACCAAACAUUUCGCAACCCUCUGAGCUCCAAAGGCAUCUAGCUUAAGUAUCUUAUUAAGAAAGAAAUUGAUUUCUAUGUGACAGAGCACCAAUGAUCACUAUUAAGGGCUUGUGUUGUUCAACUGCAUUUUUCUUCAUUGAUCUAAAUAAUGCUAGAUACUGUUGAGGAAUUGGGUUAAUAAUAACCAUAAUGUACAGAGCUAUCUUGACCGAUCUGGUGGUGUUUGGUGUCUAUGGCGGUGACAUGUACAUAUUGGCAAAAGAUGUUUGCUGCUGUUCGCACCUAAGCAGAAGCGUUUAACACAGACGUAGGAGUGCGUGGGACUGAAUUUCCCUCAAGCACACUGACUCUCUCGCCUCACACUUUCACAUGUGCAACCAGUUUUUACCAAUUCAUUCAGCGCACAACAUGCAUUUUUAUCCAGCUGAACGCAACGCGCACUCCACAGUUCAGAGUCUUUAAGAGAUGAGAAACUGACAAGAAACACCUACGUGAAUGUAGAAACUCAAGUUGAGGUUCAAAGAGGGAGAUACAAGGAAAGCUACCGUAGUGAAAGCGGAACAGGUGGAAAAGCACAAAGCCAAAGUGAGGCACUUGAAAUCAUUCUCUAUGGAUACGUGAAGGCAUUAAGCAAACUCAAACUGCUCUUCAAUAUUCACUGGGAGAGAGUCGUGGAUUUCAGGUUUCACUGUGAGGAAUAGUGUGUGAAGAGGAAAACUGUGGAAAACAAUCAGUAGAUACAGUCAAGAAUUUCGUCUGCAGUUCAAUUCAAAAUGAAAAACACCUGACGCUCUUGAGGGCUUCUGUAGUAAAUAGUUGUGUUAUGAUAAAAACCUUUUUUUUGACCAGUUGUUGUUUUCAUCUUCCAUCAAAAACUUUGGCAGAUAAAAAUGUGGAAUCAAACUGCCCACUUUUUGGAAGCAAAACAUGAAACAAAGCCACAGAUUUUGCCAAACACUGUGAGGCGAAAGUAAUUUUCGUUCUUGGAGCGCUCUUCCUUUAAGGUCUCUCUUGACCAAACAUUCAAUCUCUCCAAUUAUCCUCCCAUCGCUUUGGAAUAAAACACGCAACAUGGACCGUAACGCAACCACGUACAUGCAGCAUUUACUGAUUUAGGAGUAAUUUGGAUGUAGUCCCAGAAAAGCGCUGGUGGAAGUGGCCUUGAUAAAAGCGUGAGAGCAAACACAGAAGUGUAAUUUCAUGCUGAAUUCCCUGAAUUAAGCACAUCAAUGGGGACAGGAACAAAAGAAGUGCUUUACUACAACAUUUCACUUCAAGCACAAAUUGACUUUUUUACAUACUGGAAUUAAUUUAUUUUCGCACUCCCCAAUAGACUUGAGAAACGAGAGUUUGGACUUCUUGUGCAGAAGAGUUUUCUAGUUAGGUAGGAUGAAAUGGACUGUUUUCAAAGCAGGAAGCCAUGAGAAAUAUUUGUGCAUGUGUCUCUGAACCAGAAUUGCUUUGAACUAAACCGUUCUCCUACUGAAGACCCGAGUACAUUCACUGAGCUCAUUGGACUCAUUGGAUCUGGGACAUGCUGCUUGGCUGAAGAAGCACAGCAGUUUCUCUGAGCAGGUUCGUGGCCUGAAGGUGUCAGGGUUCAGACGUCAGGAUGGGGUGUAACAUGUGCCUGGUGCAGAAGCCCGAGGAGCAGUACAGGGUCAUGUUCCAGGUGAACAGAGACCUGACUGGGCUCUCUCCGGAGCAGAGCCUGCAUGCGCUGCGCUGCCGGAGGAGCGUGAGGUGGGGUCCGAGGAGGAAAGCAGCCGGACCUGGAGCUGCUGGAGCGACGGCGGUAAUGACUGACUGUGUGGACAGCGGGACGCAGACAGAUAUCAGCUUCCAGCACAUGGUGACAUUAGGCAGACCCGUCCAUCACAACAGUCCAUCCCCUCCGCUGCCACCCAUCCCAGAGCCAUACCUCUUCAGCCAGCUUCCUGCUGCAGACCAUGUGUACUACGACCCAACGGACUACUUUGACAUCAGUCAACAUGAGGUGGACAGACAAGAUGUCCUGGAGUAUGAGGAGGUGGAACUGUAUAAGUCCUCUCAGCAAGAUAAACUGGGUUUAAUGGUGUGUUACCGCACUGACGAUGAAGAGGAUCUGGGUAUCUAUGUGGGUGAGGUGAACCCUAAUAGCAUUGCUGCUAAAGAUGGCCGAAUCCGUGAGGGAGACCGAAUACUGCAGAUAAAUGGGAUGGAUGUGCAGGACAGAGAGGAAGCAGUGGCCAUCCUGACCAGAGAGGACAGCACCAACAUCUCUCUGCUACUGGCACGAGCAGAUAUUGAGAAUGAGGCUGAUGAUCUGGAUUUGGAGUUGGGUAUGGACCUGGAUCUAGAAGACUUGGAAAAUGUCUCUAACUCACCCAGCCCUCAUCACCGAAGGCAAACUAGCUCUUUGCUGAGCGACAUCAGUGGGGUCCGAGCUGCUCGGCCCAACUUGUGGCACACUGCGCUCAAUAACAGCCAGGAGCUGGACAGCGGGGUGGGUCGUACAGAUGAAAGUACACGCUGUGAAGAGUCCUCCGAGCUGGCUGACGAUGCCACCAGCGCAUGCACGACCAAUGCCACCAAUACACCUGGCAGUUUGCGCAAGUUCCGCACUGUUCAGCACGGAUGGGAAUACAUCCACUACAGCAGUGACUCGCUGCUGGGGCCAGAUGGGGAGGGAGCGGUGGAUCACGGGGCUCCUGAAUCACUAGGCUUGGUGACUAGCAGAGCACUGAUGCCAGGGUUAACUGAAGAGGAAUAUGAACGUUACCGAGAGCUACUAGAGAUCCGCUGCCUUUACGAGAAGAACGGAAAUGCACUUUCCCUUUUGGAUGGAAGGAACCAUGGUGGAGGAGGAGGGGGUGAUUUUGCAGGGGCAGGUGUUCCUAUAGACACGAAUUGUAACGAGAGCCUGAUGCAUCAGGAGAUUGCCCUUCUAGAUGAGGAAAUACGCCACCUGGAGUUUAAGUGGCGUAAUGUUUUGCGGGCUCAAAAGAUGCAACAGUUGCGCCAACGCUGCCUGAAGGUCUGGCCAGCGGAUGAAGAUGAUGAUGAAGAAAAAGGAGCAAAGGCCAGGUGUGGAGGUGCAGAGGCGAUCCACCAUGACCUGUCGGAUAUCAACGAGAUCCCAGAAAGGGAACGCUCUGAUAAGGAGAGUACAAGCGCUUAUAAUACCGGCGGGGAAAGUUGCAGAAGCACACCUUUGGCAAGUGAACGACACCCUUCACUGUCUGGGGCUGGAGAUUCCAGUGCCUCUGCAACCAUGCGACCUCGGACGCCCCGUCACAGAACAAGCACAAGUAGGGAUAAGAAUCUAAACCUACCACCAGAUGCCAAGAAAAAGAGUGAAGAAACAGCGGACAACAAAAACUCUACUCCAGCAAGGCUUCGGUCGUUAUCCCGGAAUGGCGGGAGUAGUAGAAAGGGCUUGGAUGGAGCACGAAGGGGCUCCCAUGCAAAUGGGAUCGUGAAAGGUGGAAGGAGUGCUGAAAACAGUCCAUACUUGUCCCGUCGCCGCUGCAGUACCACGCUGCCUCAACGCUACCAGAGUUGCAUGCAGUUGAGGGACGUGUCUAUAAACGACAGUCCAGAAUUAAGGGAUGCCAAUGAAAAGGUUCCUUCUCACUCCAAUACCUUAACCUGUCUAAACAGAGACUCCACAGCUGCUCUUGCAACUUCUUUGAUUAUAACUUCUUCACUGCCUCCAUCUUCACCUCAAAUGGAGUGGAAGGUAAAGAUCCGCAGCGAUGGCUCACGUUAUGUCGCUAAACGUCCGGUAAGAGACCGUUUGCUAAAGGCUCGUGCCAUGAAGAUUCGAGAAGAGCGCAGUGGGAUGACCACGGACGAUGAUGCGGUCAGUGAAAUGAAGAUGGGACGCUAUUGGAGCAAGGAGGAGCGUAAGCAGCAGCUGCUGAGAGCUCGCGAGCAACGGCGACGCCGUGAGUUCAUGAUGCAGAGCCGACUGGACUUCAUGCGGGAGAAAGAGAAGGAACAAGACUCUGGACCUCAAGGACAGGCUUCUAUACUUGAGCUGAGCCAGAAAAAGAGUAUGAAGAAACGCAGCCGACGCAUCCUGGACAACUGGAUCACCAUUCAGGAGCUGUUGGCACAUGGGACCUGUUCUGUAGAUGGGAAGAAAGUGUACAACCCUUUGCUAUCAGUGACCACAGUUUAAUAAAUGGUGUGAAAUGAGACCAAAAAGAUAUUUGAAUUACAACGUUUACCAAUUAUUUGGGGUUCUCUGACAAAAAUGCAGAGUAGUCAAGAAACAAUUAAUAUAAAUGUACAAGACAAAGGCUAAUUGCAAAUGAAUGUAAAUUUUUCAUAAUUAACAUGAACUCUGGGAGCAGCUCUCUGUUCCUAUCCAGGUGCUGGUCAAAGUUUGAUAAUUCCACUAAUUCCAUUCAAAAAGUGAAACUUGUAUAUUAUAUUUAUUCAUU